AUGCUAUGUAUAGCUUCACUGCUCUCAUUGACAGCAAUAACAGCAGUUUCUGCCAGCGUCAAUCCAAUUGUGAUCAAAGGAAGCAAACUGUUUGAUUCAGUCACAAAGGAACAAUUCUUCAUAAAAGGUGUUGCAUAUCAGCCACGAGGAGGUCUCUUAACAGGAACCGACCCGCUUGCAAACGAGAGUACCUGCGUAAAAGAUGCUGAAUUGAUGAAAGCCUUGGGUGUGAAUACUGUUCGAGUAUACGAGAUUGAUCCUAGCAAAAAUCAUGAUGCCUGUAUGAACGCUUUUGCGUCUGCAGGAAUUUACCUGCUUUUGGACAUUGCAACCCCGAAGCAUUCCAUCAAUCGUCAGACUCCUGAAUACGAUCUCAAUCUAUAUCUUAGCUUUGCGGCAGCAAUUGAUGCAUUUGCUGGUUACUCCAACACUCUUGGAUUUGUUGCUGGAAAUGAAGUGUCUAACGACAAAACAACCUCUGCAGCAUCAGCCUUCGUCAAAGCAGCCCUGCGUGAUGCGAAGCAAUACAUCAAAUCCACGAAGUCAAGGUAUAUUCCGGUUGGUUAUGCUAGUAAUGAUGAUCAGUACAUACGAGACGCCAUCAAAGACUACUUUAAUUGUGGCGAUGAUUCGUCCAGGGCUGAUUUCUUUGGUGUUAAUUUAUACGAAUGGUGUGGAAACAGCACCUUUCAAAAAUCUGGCUAUUCAGAGCGUACCAAAGAAUUCGAGAAUUACAGCAUUCCUGUCUUCCUCUCUGAAUACGGAUGCAAUCUUAUGACACCACGUCCUUUCACUGAAGUGGAAGCUAUCUACGGGCCUGAUAUGACUGGUAUAUGGUCCGGUGGAAUUGUAUACGAGUGGUCUCAACAGGACAAUAGCUAUGGUCUGGUCCAAAUUGACGCAAGUGGAAACGUCACACCACUACCCGACUAUCAGAACUUGAAGACUGAGCUUGCAAAGGUAUCGCCUAAAGGUGUCUCUAUGGACUCGUACAGUUCAAAUACCCAAGCAUCUCAAUGCCCAGCCCAAAACGAAAACUGGCUAGCUUCCAGCAACCUGCCACCAACGCCAUCUGAAGGAGGAUGCAAAUGCAUGACUGAUAGCUUAACAUGUACCGCCAACACGAACACCUUUUCAGCCGGAGGAAAUGACACUGCGAUAGGAGAUCAGCUGAACUACCUUUGCAGUAAUUACAACUGUAGCGACAUAUCUGCCGAUGGUUCCAAGGGUGUCUAUGGUGCUUUCUCAUUCUGUGCACCGGAGGACAAGCUCAAAUACAUGUACAACUUUGCCAGCGCUGGGGAUAGCUCCAAGUGCACUUUCGAUGGACAUGCUAUGGCCGCCCAGCCUUCGCAGAGUGAUUUACAGUCUUGCUCAAAAAUCAAGGCUACAUCUCCCAACACUGGCAUCAAUGGUGGCAAGGUCAAUUCAAGCUCUACAUCAGCAUCAACCUCCAUCUUUGGUCAGCUUAACUUCAGCAUUUUGGCUGCCUUAUCCUCUGCACCCCUGAUAUUGAACGCUGCCCAGAACUUUAUGUAAACAGAAUCCCCCCCAUGGAAAAGUAGGAAGGCUCGCAUCAUAGUCAUUUACAUAGCCGCUGACUAGAUGAACUCCUGGUCAGCACAGGUAAUCAGCUUCAACCAGUGAACGUUCAUC